AUGACAGCAACCAGCAACGCCCCGCUUGAGAGUGGAACUGCUGGUGCCAUUGUCGCCUUUACGGGCCAGCCGGACCCACUGAGGCAGCUGUUGCAGGCGCUCUCUCGAUCCGCCAUGGAGCAGGCUUCUGAUGAUCCGCUCUAUUUGGCCUAUGCCAGAAUCAUGUCCAAGAGCUGCAGCGCAGAAGAAGAAGAGGAAGAAGAAGAAGGAAGAGAGGAUGAAGGUGGUGGACCCACUCUUCAGGUAAGCUGGAAGCACUGUUUUUCCCGACCCAGUGAUGAUCACCAUAGCCUAUGA